AUGUCGGCCGUAGCUUCUACGUCUCCAACUGUGCACCAGUUUGCCCGUGCUGGUAUUCAACGAUCUAUUGCUUUGGUUUUGUCGCAUGAUGGGUUUCAAUCUGCCAGUCCCGAGGCACUGGAGAGCUUCACGGAAUUGGUUGAACAGUAUAUGAGCUCCAUCAUUCAGGAAGUCAAGACACUCGCAAUAUCGUCACGCCGCGAAGCUCCUAUUCCGUCAGACUUCGAAAGCAUGCUAAAGCGCCACAACAUCGCACUCUCAUCCCUAAAACCACACGUUAAGAACCGGCUUUGCACUCAAGAUACAAUAAACCGCAGUUUCGAGGCUGUAACCGUUGACGAAACCUUCACCUCUCUCCCACUUCUCGGCGCCGAGCUCAGUGGUCAGGCAGACAAGGAGAGCAAGCCAUUUAUACCGGCAUCUUUCCCCGGAUUUCCUAGCACGCACACCUACAGAUUUACGCCGCAAGAGGAUAGGAGGACUAGAGAUUCCAAACAAAUCAGAGAGGACGCGGCCAAGAGCGCACAGCUGGGCGAGGAUGCUCUGCGCAGACUAGUACGCGCUUCGAAAAUGCGGAAGCAAAAGGAAGUCAAGUCACUGGUCGAACGCGACAGCCAAGGCAAAGAACGAUUCCGGCUAUGGGAGUCAACUAUGAAGCGGUUCAUGGGGGGAGACCGGUUCAGAGAGCACGCCGACAAGGUGGACAUUGCGGACCACAGCAUGCUUGUCAAUGCUGAUGUCAAGUUUUCCAGAAGGGAGGUAUCUCGUCUGGGUAAGAAAUCGAGCGCUUUAUGA